CCUAUUCCGAUAUUGCGAACAGGUGAAUUAAUAUGUUUAACAAUGAGUCACGUUCAAGUAGCUACCUUGCUUUCAUUGGCUUUUUUUUGUACUUAUCCAACUCAUCGCUUUGUUCGCGCUACUUCUGCGUUUAAUUUCGAUGAACUUUUCGAUUUAAGAACAAAGAGGGCUGUAGAAAAACUUUGUUGUAUCCUGCAUUAUUUUCAUCAUAUUUCUAAAAACAUGCCAUCGGGAAUAAUGAAAUUUCGUCGUCAACAUGCAGAUCCACUUGACUGGAGCAAUCUUUCAGUACCGUUAAGUCCCUUGCACGUUGAAGUUAAAGGAACAAUUGAAGAUAGUGAAGGCAUGCUUCACGUCGAUUUCGCCAAUAAGUUUAUUGGUGGUGGUGUAUUAUCUUUUGGAUGCGUACAGGAGGAAAUCCGAUUUUUAAUUUGUCCUGAAUUGAUUGUUUCUAUGUUAUUUUGUCAAGUGAUGAAAGCGAACGAAGCUAUUGUAAUUACGAAUAGUAUACGAUUUUCUGAUUAUGUUGGGUAUGCUCAUUCAUUUGAGUGGCGACCAAGAACCAAAAUAGAGAAGAUAAACAGGGAUUGCAGCGAAAUCCAUUCAGAGCUGGUUGCAAUUGAUGCGUUCUCUUUUCGCAAUCGAAGUGCACAGUUCCAAAAGAAAUUCGUUGAUCGUGAGCUUUUAAAAUAUCAUUUAUUAGAAUUUCAAUUUUAA